AUGUGCGGCAAUAUCAUGUCUGUUCUGCUACCUGUCAUUGUGCCUGCUGCCCAGAAGGCCACUGCUGCGGUGAUUUUCAUUCAUGGAUUGGGGGAUACUGGGCAUAGAUGGGCAGAAGCCUUUGGCGGUAUCAGAAGCUCAGAUAUGAAAUAUAUCUGCCUGCAGGCACCAGUUAUGCCUGUGACAUUGAAUAUGAACAUGGCUAUGCUUUCUUGGUUUGUUAUUAUUGGGCUGUCACCAAGGUCACAGGAAGAUGAACCUGGAAUUAAACAUAUAGCAGAAAGUAUAAAGGCUUUGAUAGAUCAGGAGGUGAAGAAUGGCAUUCCUUCUAACAGAAUUAUUUUGGGAGGAUUUUCUCAGGGUCCUAUCAGUGGCGCUAACACAGAUAUUUCCACUCUUCAGUGUCAUGAAGAUUGCGACCCUCUGGUUCCCCUGAGGUUUGGUUCUCUUACUGCUGAAAAACUAAAAACAUUGGUAAAUCCAGCCAAUGUAAACUUUAAAACCCAUGAAGGCACGAUGCGCAGUUUAUGUCAGCAGGAAAUGAUGGAUGUCAGGCAAUUCACUGAUCAACUUCUACCUCCAAUUGAUUGGUGUCACUAA